ACGUGAAGGAAAAACUUAUUUAAAGCAUGUUAAAGGACAUAGUGGUAUUUAUGAAAAUAAACAAGCAGAUAAACUUGCAUAUUUAGGUUCAAAAAAAACAAACCUCGAAUUAGUUAUACCAGAAC